AUGACUACCCCGCUCCCAUUGAUGACACAGAUCUUGAACAAUGCAUGCUUCACAUGUACUGACUCACAUCUCAAUGGCUUGCAGACUCUCCUCUCAUGCCAGAGUGAGACGAGUUUCAUUGGGUCACCCGAUCUGGUUGGUGCUUACAAUCUGGGAUAUCUCGCAUGGGUUCAAGUGUUCAGAGUGGUCACCAAGAGGCAUGCUGUUUACUGGAUGAAGCUGAACAUGGAUACAGAGUCUAAGGUGAAGAGGAUUGUGCUCCUGCAUCUGGAUGAUGAUGGAAGGAUGGAUGAAAUUCACUCAUUCAACAUUGACCUCUGCCCUGUUACCUUCACUGGUGAUAUCAUAGCUCUCAGCGAUGACUUGUCCAAGGCAUUGAUCUAUAAUUGGAGGACAGAUGAGCAGGCCUACCUCAAUGAAGGAAGUGACAUGCAGUACAACUACUGCAUCCAAGUCAUCUUCACUGUGCUAACCAUUCUCAUCAUCUGCACACACUCCAUCAACCCUGUACACUACCCUGCCCUUCCUCCAUGGACAAACACACUCUCCCAUUACCUCCUACUCCUUCAGCUGGAUCAACAGUGCCAGUGCAACACCCACCUCAAUCCUCAUCCGCUCUGA